GGCUGGGUGGCCGGAGCGGCUAGUGCCGCCUCGCCAUGGGUCUCCUGUCGGACCCAGUCCGCCGGCGCGCGCUCGCUCGCCUGGUGCUGCGGCUCAACGCGCCGCUCUGCGUGCUGAGCUAUGUAGCCGGCAUCGCCUGGUUCCUGGCGCUGGCAUUCCCGCCGCUGACCCAGCGCACUUACAUGUCGGAGAACGCCAUGGGUUCCACCAUGGUAGAGGAGCAGUUUGUGGGCGGAGAACGUGCCCGGAGCUUUGCCCAGGACUUCGCCGCCCACCGCAGGAAGUCAGGGGCCCUGCCAGUGGCUUGGCUGGAGCGGGCGAUGCGGUCGGUGGGGCUGGAGGUGUACACGCAGACCUUCUCCCGGAAAUUGCCUUUCCCAGAUGAGACCCGCGAACGCUAUAUGGUGUACGGCACCAACGUGUACGGCAUCCUUCGGGCCCCGCGCGCUGCCAGCACAGAGUCCCUGGUGCUCACCGUGCCCUGCGGUUCUGACUCGACCAACAGCCAGGCAGUGGGGUUACUGCUGGCUCUGGCCGCCCACUUCCGUGGGCAGAUUUACUGGGCCAAGGACAUCAUCUUCCUAGUGACGGAACACGACCUCCUGGGCACUGAGGCUUGGCUUGAGGCUUACCACGACGUCAAUGUCACGGGCAUGCAGUCCUCACCACUGCAGGGCCGGGCAGGGGCCAUCCAGGCGGCUGUGGCUCUGGAGCUGAGCAGUGAUGUGAUCACCAGCCUGGACGUGGCCGUGGAGGGGCUCAAUGGGCAACUGCCCAACCUUGACCUGCUCAACCUCUUCCAGACCUUCUGCCAGAAAGGGGGGCUGCUAUGCACACUGCAGGGCAAGCUGCAGCCUCAGGACUGGGCCUCGCUGGAUGGGCCGCUGCAAGGUCUGCAGACAUUGCUGCUGAUGGUUCUGAGGCAGGCCUCCGGCCGUCCCCAUGGCCCCCAUGGCCUCUUCCUGCGCUACCGUGUAGAGGCCCUGACCCUGCGUGGUAUCAAUAGCUUCCGACCAUACAAGUAUGACCUGGUGGCAGUGGGCAAGGCCCUGGAAGGCAUGUUCCGCAAGCUCAACCACCUGCUGGAGCGACUACACCAAUCCUUCUUCUUCUACCUGCUGCCUGCCCUCUCACGCUUCGUCUCCAUCGGCCUCUACAUGCCCGCUGUUGGCUUCCUGCUCCUUGUCCUGGGGCUCAAGGCCUUGGCACUAUGGAUGCAGCUCCAUGAGGCUGGAGCCGGCCCUGAGGAGGCUGGGGAAUCCCCUGGACACGGACCCCCCCUUCCACCAGCACAGGGGGUGGCGCUGGCCUCGCUUGUGGCGCCCCUGCUGAUCUCCCAGGCUGUGGGCGUGGCCCUCUACACCCUGCCCGUGCUCGGUCAGCACGUGGCUGCCCAGCACUUCCCCGUGGCCGAGGCCGAGGCUGUGGUGCUGACGCUCCUCGCCAUCUACGUGGCGGGCCUGGCCCUCCCACACAACACCCACAGGGUGGUGAGCACACAGACCCCAGACAGGGGCUGGAUGGCACUGAAGCUAGUGGCCCUCAUCUGCCUGGCCCUGCAGCUAGGUUGCAUUGCUCUCACCAACUUCUCCCUGGGUUUCCUGCUGGCUGCCACCAUGGUGCCCGCUGCUGCUCUCACUGAGCCCCACGGGCCCCGGCCACUCUACGCCGUCCUCCUGGUGCUGACGAGCCCGGCGGCCACACUCUUGGGCAGCCUGUUCCUGUGGCGGGAGCUGCAGGAGGCGCCUCUGACGCUGCCCGAGGGCUGGCAGCUCUUCCUGACGGCGUUGGCCCAGGUGGUCCUGGAACACUACACUUUCGGCGCCCUCCUCUUCCCGGUGCUGACCCUGGGCCUCCACCCCUGCUGGCUGCUCUUCUGGAAUGUGCUCUUCUGGAAGUAG